UGAUAAUAUUAUGGCAGAUUCUCCAUUGGGUGCAUACCAACCUCCUGUUGUGGAGGCUAACAGACCUCGGGAACAGGUCCCAAAGAAAGAAGAUGAUGAAUUCAACUUGCUAGAUAUCGAUUUCAACAACUACGAUCAGAGCGAGAGCGAUGUCAACCUUGAUAGUUCACUUUCUGAUAAAAAGCAAGAUAAUCCAGUGAUAGCAGAUGAAGAUAUUCAGCCUGAUAAUGGGAAGUUUGGGGAUAGGCCACAUGGUGACCAGGAAGAGGAUAUUAAUAUGAAUCAGCCAAGCGAUAGCUUGAUCAACCCUAACCGACAGAAUAUGGCAGAUAUGGAAGCAAACGAGCCUAAAAUAGUUGAGAAUAGAUCAUUGUUGAGGUACUUCACCGUAGAAUAUUAUAAGGAAUACUUUGAUGUCACUACUCAAGAGGUCGUAUCGAGACUGAUCAGAUCAUGAAUUCCUCUCUAUCCAGGCUCUAUUUAUGAUAAUGGGAAAGUGGAUUUAUACGGCCCAAUCUGGAUUGUCAUCAGUCUCAACAUUGCAAUCACUAUCUUCGGCAAUAUUGCCAGAUAUGUGAGCUUUGACUCUAAAGACGAAGAUGUGAAGUACACUUCACACCUUGAAGGCUUAGUCAAGAGCGUACCUGUGAUUACUCUGUACUUUGUGUGAAUGCCAGCUUUCUUGAACAUAUUUUUGAAUUUUACAGGGGUGCAGUAUGUGGGGAAAAUAACGUUUAAGCUGGUCUCAAUAUACGGAUAUAGUUUUGCUUCAUUCAUUCCAGCUAUUUUCUUGUACAUGGCUUCUGCACCAGUACUCCCUCACAAAGCAUUUAACAGUUUUGAAUGGCUGAUCUUAUUCGCAGCUGGAUUUAUUAGUCUAUUCUUUAUGUUCAAGGAGAUGGUCCAGGUCUUGAGGAACAAUAUUGAAGAAGUCAAAGUUGCAGCUGCAGUUGUUUGAUUAGGCCAUUUAAUACUGAUUCUCAUGAUGAAGUGGAAGUUCCUCAGUUAAAUCAUGUUGAAUAAUGGGUUUCAAUCUCAA